CUCAGUGGAACCAGACCCAGAGAUGCCCAAACCAGCAAGACGACACCCCUGCUCCCACUGUGGAAAGAGUUGUACUACAUUAGAAUACCUGAAAGUACACAGAAGAAUAAUACACUUUGGAGAAAAGCCAUACCACUGUUCAGACUGUGGUAAGGAAUUUAGCCGGUUAGAUGGCCUGAAACAACAUGAGAGAAUACACUCUGGAGAGAGGCCUCACCACUGCUCUCAGUGUGGAAAGAGCUUUUGCUGGUUAGGGAGCCUGAAAAUACAUGAGAAAACACAUACAGGGGAGAAGCCUUACCACUGCUCUCAGUGUGGAAAGAGAUUUUCCCAGUUAGGGCAUCUAAAAGGGCAUAAGAGAACGCACACUGGAGAGAGGCCUUACCACUGCUCCCAGUGUGGGAAGAGAUUUACCCAGUUAGGCAACCUAAAAAAUCAUGAGCUAAUACACUCUGUAUAUAAGCCUUAUCACUGCUCCCAGUGUGAAAAUACAUUUUUCUCAUCAGAUUCUCUGAGAAAACACGAGAUAACACACUCUGAUGAGAAACCUUUCCAUUGUUCCCAGUGUGGCAAGAAUUUUUUUACAUUAGGGUCCCUGAAGGAACAUGAGCGAACACACACAGCAGAGAAACCCUACCAUUGCUCUAAGUGUGUAAAGACUUUUUCCUCAUCAAAAUACCUUAAAGAACAUAAAAGAAUACACUCUGGAGUGAAACCUUACCACUGCCCCCAGUGUGAAAAAAGUUUUGCCCGACCGAGGGACCUGAAAUAUCAUGAGAGGACACACACAGGAGAGAAGCCUUACCACUGCUCUCAGUGUGGAAAGACAUUUUUUUUAUCAGGACACCUGAAAAGACAUGAGCUAACACACUCUGUUGAGAAGCCUUUCCACUGCUUCCAGUGUGGGAAGGAUUUCACCCAGUCAAGAUACCUGAAAAAACAUGAGCUAAUACACUCUGUGCAGAAGCCUUUCCACUGUUCUCAAUGUGAAAAGAGUUUUAAGAAUUUAUGGAACAUGAAAGUGCACGAGCAAAGACACACAAAGGAGAAGCCUUCUACUGUUCCCACUGUGGAAUGAAAUGUUCAUGGUUUCAUCAACUGAAAGAGCAUGAAUGAAUCCUCACUCCGGAGAUAAACGUCCGAAGACAUUAUUUAUACUGUGUAAUUUAAUCCUUUUUACAUUUGUGUACCUUUUACCAUCCAUAUCAAUUCUUACCUGUCUAUGCAUACAGGAAACCAUUAUUUCCCCACUCAUCAAAAAUGAACUGUGUGACAGAACCUGGACGUUCUUUAAAAGAAGUGGUCAUUUUUAUAAUGUUGGGACAUUGUUUGAAGCCACAUCACAUGGACUUAACGUUUAUCAAGUGCUCCCUGUUGGCUGAUAUCUUUGACUGAGAACACACACAAUGCUCCCAUUGGCUGAUAUCUUUGACUG